CCCCGUCCCCGCCCAGCUCGGGCGGGCUGCGAGCGGCGCGAGGGAAAGCGGCGGCGGCGGCGGCGGGGCGCCCGGUCCACCCGCGCGGAGCUCCUUCCAGAAAUGCCUCAUCUUUGGGCAUCAGGCCUGCUGGCCUGUGAGCCCCAUGGGGGGAUCUGCCCCCGCCCCUGACGCGCCCUGGAUGGCCCCGGCUGGCCUGGAGGAUGCCUUUACCUUCCACCUCCCUCCUGGCGCGUCCACAUCAUCCUUGCCCGGCCCCAGUGGCUGCUGACCUCGCCCUCCACCAUGCAUGAUGAGCAGGCCCUGGACAAGAACGCGGUGGCCUGGCUGGUCUGCGCGGGCCUCUCCGUCCUGGCCAACACCUGGGGCAUCCUCAGCGUGAGCGCCAAGCAGAAGAAGUGGAAGCCACUGGAGUUCCUGCUCUGUGCGCUGGCUGGGACCCACAUCCUGAACAUCGCCGUCCCCAUCACUAUGUACUCGGUCAUCCAGCUCCGCCGGCAGCACUCUGACUACGAGUGGAACGAGGGGCUCUGCAAGGUCUUCGUCUCCACCUUCUACACCCUGACCCUCGUCACCUGCUUCUCGGUCACCUCGCUCUCCUAUCACCGGAUGUGGAUGGUCCGCUGGCCUGUCAACUACAGGCUGAGCAACACCAAGAAGCAGGCGGUCCACACGGUGAUGGGCAUCUGGAUGGUGUCCUUCAUCCUGUCCACGCUGCCCGCAGUGGGCUGGCACGACACCACGGAGCGCUUCUACGCUGCUGACUGCCGGUUCAUCGUCACCGAGAUCGGCCUGGGCUUCGGCGUCUGCUUCCUGCUGCUCAUCAGUGGGAGCAUCGUCAUGGGCGUGGUCUGCGUGGGCAUCGCCCUCUUCCAGACGCUCUCCGUCCAGAUGGGCAGCGGCGUCGACAGGAACAAGUUCAACGUUCCCACCAUCAUCGUGGAGGACGCCCAGGGCAAGCGCCGCUCCUCCAUCGACGGCUCUGAGCCCGUCAAGACCUCCCUGCAGAUCACCUGCUUGGUCACGGGCAUCGUCUUCCUGUACGACUUCCUGAUGGGCUUCCCCACGCUGGUGGUGAGCGUGGCCAGCCUGAAAUCGGACACGGCCUACCGCUGGAUGGUCCUGUGCGUGCUCUGGUGCUCCGUUGUGCAGUCGCUCCUGCUGCCGCUCUUCCUCUGGGCCUGCGACCGCUACCGGGCCGACCUCCGGUCCGUCUGGGAGAAGUGUCUCGCCAUCAUGUCCAACGAUGACGCGGGGGAAGAAAGCAACCUGGCCGGGGCGAUGCACACCGACCUGAUGUACGAGCAGAGCUACGAUUGCACCUUUGCGGGGGACGUCUUGAGCCUGGACCACGUGGCCAAAUAUGAUCUGCCAGUGCUGGAGAGGGGGCUCCCCCAAGCGUACCCCGCAAAGCCCCAACCGGAGGACAGGAUGCAAUACCUCCAGGUCCCUCCCACCCGGCGCUUCUCCCACGACGAGACCGACAUUUGGACAACGGGGCAGAUCUCCGCCUACCUGCAGCACUGGGGGGCCGGUGAGGAGAUGGCUGCCGGGCUCGCUCAGCUGCUGCUCCCGCACCAGGGGCACGACCGGCGCAGGAGCAGCCUCCUCUCCUUCCAGGAGGACGGGCGCCUGUCCCACAAGCGCCGCAAGUCGGCCGAGAGCACAUUGUCCCUCAAGCCCUUCUCCCACGAGGACUUCUGCGAGGAGGGUGGGCACAGAUGCUUCAGCAAGGAGGAAGUGGCAAGCUUCGGCGAGGGCUCUGGCCUCACGCCCAGCCCCCGGAAGGCCCCCCUGCGCUCGGCUUCCGUCUCCCUUCUCCCAGACAGCCUCCAGCGCUGCUCGGCCGCCACCCUCACCAGCUUCCCCUUGACCCAUUUUGAGCAGGAGCCCCAGGCCCGGCGGAGCUUUGUGGCCCAGGGACAGGUGUGCUCCUUGAGGGUGCCGGGCCCCCUCUUGGCUCGGGAGGAUGCCAGGAGCCUCUUCUCCAAGGGGGGCACGGGCACCCCUUGCCUCGAGCAAAUCCACAUCGAGCUGUGUGAGGCCCCCCUGCCCGAGGGCGGCCGGCCCAGCAGCUGCUGCUCAGAGUCGGAGGGCUUUCGGACAGGCCUGAGUCCCUCCUGGGGGGGCCAGGAGGACCUGCACAAGAAUGGCAGCAAAGGCAGCACGAGCAGCUUCCUGAGUUCGCCGUCUGUCUCCUCUGGGUACGUGACGUUCCACUCGGAUUCCAGCGGCUCGGCCUCCUAG